UGCCCCGUAUUGCGAACUGCCCUGCAUCCAUCCUUGCGUGCCCCGAAUCCAUAGCGCCAACAGGAACGCAUGUAUGAGAACAGAAGAUGGGAUCGUACAAAUGGAUGGCGCUUUGGGUCGCACUUCUGGUGGCGCUACUCGCACUGGCUGCAGGGAUUAAACCGAUUAAGGGAACAUACAGACACAAGCACAAUGUGCAUCCCGGCCACGCGCUAGGGUGGAUCAAGAAAAAGGCCAAACAUAGCAUUUUGAGGUAUAGCUGCAGAGAAGCCUGCCACUUCAUGCAGUCCUACUGUGAAAGUUGCACAAAGCCCAACUGGAGUGACCAUGACCGGUAUAGGAUUGGAAAAGGAAGUGACACUAACGGGAAGGGGAUUGCAGAAAGACGUGAGCCUGAGGGGAAAAGAACUGCAGGAAGACUUGACCACGACUGGAAGAGAAAUAAAGGAAGACACGUACAUCUAGUACAUAACAUCCGCAAACGUAUCCAAGGCAAAAUACACAAAGUUUCGUGCAAUGCCGUAUGCAAAUUUGCAAAGGCUCAAUGUAUAUUGCUGCUCAUUUAA